AUGUCAUCUGUUUUAUCAGCAUAUAGAAACGCAUUGAGAGCUACAAAAGUUGCUUUUCGUCAAGAUCUUCCUAUACUCCAAGCAGCCAGAGUGCAACUCAAACAAGGUAUAAGGGACAACUCGAAUUUACAAGCCCAACCAGAAAUAGAGGAAGCAGUACAAAAAUUGAAUGAAGUUGCCAAGUUCUUGAUCCAGAAUAUUGUCCAAGGAGAGAAACAACAAGAUGGGAAAUAUUUUUUGAAUUUCCAUGAAAAAACGGAGUUGGGUGACAAUGAAACCAUCAAACAAGGACGAAAAGAGAUGGGGAGCUUGGCAGGUAAAAAAGGAAGUUCCAUUAAAUCUUGUAACGACUAG